AUGCAGGCCACAACAGAGUUUGCGUCGACUUGCCUCGACGCCACGGCGCUGCGGCAACUGCGGGAGCGCAGGCAGACACGACUCCAACUUUCUCGCAUGGGCAUGAUGGGGAAGUUUGUAGACAAGGUAAAGUCCGCCAUGAGCGCGUUUUCGGACAUUAGUGGGAUUAUGCCGAUCUUGCUGACGCUCGGCGCCUUCUUCGUGGCGUGGCAUGCCACCGGAGUCCUGGUGAACUGCACCAACCCGCUUGUGGUGGUGCUCUCCGGGAGUAUGGAGCCGGCCUACUACCGUGGUGACUUGUUGCUGCUGCACAAGACCACAAAGGUGUCCAUCGGAGACGUCGUCGUGUUUGGCCUUCCUGGUCGCACCGUCCCCAUUGUGCACCGCGUGCACCGCGUUCACGAGGACGGCGACACGCGGCUGUUCCUCACAAAGGGCGAUAACAAUGACUUUGACGACCGCACGCUCUACCCCGAUGGGCACCACUGGGUGCGAGAGGAGGACGCCGUGGGGAAAGUCUUUGCCAUCAUCCCACACGCCGGCUUUUUGACCAUUUUGUCGGAGAACAAACCCUGGGUGAAAUUUGUUGCUUUAACCCUCGCCGUCCUCUGGGGAUGGGUAUCAGCGGUGUGA